AUGGUCCUUAGCAGUACUGAGUUGUCAGAGAAAGACAAUUUCUUUCUUGAUAUUGCAUUCGAUUUGGCUCACGAAGCAAUCGCUCAUGACGAAGUCCCCGUUGGCUGCGUUUUUGUAGUGAAUGAUAAGGAAAUAGCUCGAGGAAGAAAUGAUGUCAAUCGUUCGAAGAAUCCAACCAGACACGCGGAAAUGGUUGCACUCGAUAAACUGAAAACUUACUGUUUGUCCUCUGGUCAGACUCUUGAAGCCUUACUGGUGGAAACAACUCUUUAUGUUUCUCUGGAACCAUGUAUCAUGUGCGCAUGUGCACUUUAUCAUCUACGUAUUAGGAGGAUAAUUUACGGAGCAGCUAAUGAACGCUUUGGUGGCUUGAACAGUGUAGGCAGCCGUGAGAAAUACGGCAUCGACCAUAACAUUGAAAUUGUUCCGGAUGUCAGGAAGUCUGAUGCAGUUAAGCUACUGAAGCUUUUUUAUGAAAGACAAAAUCCGUUUUGUCCCGAAGAAAAGAGGAAAAUGAAAAAGAAGAAAGUGGUGAGCAACCUUGUAUUUUUAAUUGGUUGCAUCAUUCAGUGCUUCCACCAUUUUGAAUGA